CAAGAAGGCAUUCUGCAACGCCCAGGCUGGCAAAAGCGAAUGCACAAGAACAACGAAGGCAACUUGUAGAAAUUAAGUUUUAAUUAUACAUAUUGAACUCAGCAUGUGAGUAAUGAUGUUCAACAGCAGGACGAUAAUGAUGAUGCAGCAGCAGCAGCAGCAGCAACAGCAGAGGCUGAUCCAAACGUGAAUUUCAAACAAUUGACAGUAGCAAAAACAACAACAACGAAUCCGUUUAUAUAUAGCCUCAGCAGAUUUCAAGCAAAAGGUACCUUGCUGUGUGUGUGUGUGUGUGUGUGUUUGCGUGUGUGUGUGUUUGCUAACAUUUAUUUUUGGGCCAAAAUGGAUAUCGCCUUGCGUGGCACAGCGUCAACGACUGGAACUGGCUCGCACACUGGCACUGGUUUACAUCAUGCUGUCUCAUUGGGCAACAUUGAAGUCACCACCAAGGCCACCUAUUCCAGCCACAUGGAUCGCAGCUACGACUCUGAGGACGAGCACACUGGUCGCCGACGAUUACGUCAAACUCUCUCCACCGAAUCGCAGCCUCGCACUUCAGUCUACUCGCGCGGAGAUAUUAGAGAACAGUACUGCCUUACGGAUCGUCAGUUGCAUAGCAUUGAGCAGCGUCCGCGAAGGGAGCGUUUCUUUGGCUGCCUAUCGCGUAGGGGCCAGGCGCAUGGUGGCAGCUUUCUGGGCGGCUGUGUGGGUCGACGUGUGCCCUCCGAUGAGAAUUUGGCUGCCUAUGCGCCCUUCGAGAAGUAUCCACGCUAUCAAAACAACUACACUGACACACACGAAUUGGAUAGUUCCUAUUUUCGCCGUCAACCGGCAUCGAUCUUAAGCACUGGUAAAUCGAAUGAACCGGAUUUGGGUGGCCGCUACACUUGGAUAGGUCAAGCGGCGCAGUCGAAUAAUAAUAGUGAUUACCAAUCGGAAUCGAGGAUGUUUUGCUACGGAAUUAUUAUGUCGAGCUUUGCGCUCCACCACAUCCUACACCACCAACAUCACACACCAAUCAAAUCGCUAAUCUCGUAUCACUAUCCCACAUAUGCCACAAUGCCGACGCCACACCAACAUCAGCAGCAGCAACAACAACAGUCUGGAGGCCUUCCCAGAACCAAGCACGUUAGCUUUGCCAGAUCGCAUACCUUGACCAGCUUUGACACUGUAAAUGCGGGGUUUCGGUCGUCGGGUCGCUUGAAAAGCGCACGUAGUCAGGAGCGUUUGAUUGGUGGCAAGAAACCUAUCAUUGCCACUGGUUCCAUGUACGAGACUCUACAGCCUAUGCUGCCACAUCAGCAUCAGCAGCAGCCACAACAGCAACAACAACAGCAGAGUUCGACUCUGCCCAAAACAUGGCUGCCGGCUCCGGUGCAGCUGCAGACUUGUCAGCAUCAUCACGGACCUAUUCAUCUUCACCAACAGCUGCCAGAUAACAUGCUGGGAUUGAUAAUACCACAAUCGCUGCCAAUGGCACUGCCGCCACCCAGUCCAGAGGUUCUUAUUCUGGAGAAGAAAUUUCGCAAUGCGAUGAAGACGCAGGCCACCCAAACCGAUGUUGCAGCUCGUCGCGAGGGUCUCUCCAAUGCACAGAUGCUGGAGCUAAGUCCACGUGCUCCACAUCGAAUUAAGGUCAUGUCCCAGGGUGCUCAGACAAAUGGAUUGCAGAAUGGCAAAAAGCUGACAAAGAGCCUGUCGGAGAUACCCAAUGGCAAGGAUAUGAUGCAUCAGCAUUAUCCACCGGGUUUCGCGUAUCCCCACGAACUGAUUUAUCGCACCCAGUCGCAAGAUGUGACGCCACUGCAAACCCUCUCAGAUGCCCAAAAUAAUAUUAUGUACUACAAGCCGCCGCCUCCACUCCUGGAUGCGCACAGCUAUGGCCACGGCAUGGAGCACUUGAGUCGUGGUCGCGUGGAGCAGAAUGUGGAGUACGUGAAUGUGAAUGCAGCUGCGUUGGCGCUGAAUGAGAGCUUCGACUACGAGAGCAACAGCUUGCCACGUCGGGCAUGCACCUCACACGUCCGCACUGAGACCGAUUACUACUCGAACAGCUUGCCCCGACGUCCGGAUGCACUGCACAACCAUGAUGUGUGCAAGCACAUUACGGAAUGCGCCGAGCUGAUGACGGACAGCGUUCCAUUGGAUUUCACACGGCCACAUUUGUUGCCGCCACCCAGCCAGUACUGCAAGAAUGACGAGGACCCUGUAGAGGAAGACUACGACGAUGAGGAGGAAGAGGAGGAGGAUGUGAGGGCCCACGAAACGGAAAGCUACAGUUCCGAGGUGUGUCUGGAGCAGGUGGCGGCUGGUAAAAAUCGUCGCAUGUCCAUGUUGCCCAUGGACGAGUACUCACCAUUUCGAAGGGAUGAUGUACGUCGGCAGUCCAUGCCCGUCUAUGGCCAAACGGAGAAGCUCAUUGAUGGCUUUGGGCCGCGCAGUUCGUUUCGGAGUCGGGAUAAGGUCAGUUGCUUUCCGGAUUUGCCGUCACCGCGUGAUGAGCAGGAGAUCUUCAUAGACUUUAAGCCGCACGUCUCACCCAAGCCCAGUCCCAAGCACCAGGUGAAGCAUAGGAAGCAACACAAAGCCGAGAUUGCCAUGCGCAAGAUGCAACAACAGCGGAUGGCUCAGGCGGCUGCAUUGACACUGCCCAAGCUUAAGCAUCAGCAGCCAGCGCCAGUCGAGAUUGAGGCUAGAAAAGUGGAGAUUGUGCAUAGCGACGAGGAUGAGGAGGACGACGAUGAGCAGGAGGAGGAGGAGGAUGAGCAGCAGCUGAACGAACAGACCCAUCAGGAGCAGGAGCCCGACUCGGAGCAGCCACAAGGGGAUGAUGAUGAACCACUCUAUGAAAACAUUACGCCCUGUGGUUGCAAAAUAGAGACACCUGGCACCGGUGCAGUCCAGGACAAACGGAUGCAGUUUCGCAAGCGAUCGGUUAGCCUGGAUGAUGAUUAUGCGGCCAUGACAACUGUCUCCGGCCCAGCACCGGGCUUACGCCUGCCCUCCACACCAGCGAGCCCCUUUCGUGAUGAACUGCUGCUGGCCAAUGUCUCAACUUAUCCAUCCUCAGACUCGCUGGCCAAUGAUAAUACACGCGAUCACUCCGAUGGCAUUUGGAAUGAAUCUCAGGUCACGGUGCUGACAGCCGAACAAAGAGAUAUCUCAGAUACUUCCUAUAGCUCUAAUCUCUUGCUGACACCCUCAUCCAAGCGAAAGAAUCUGCUACUGCAGCAUCAGCAGCGUAGCUCUGUGGACACGGAUGUAUUGGACUUUGAGGAACUGAGUCCCACCUAUGGCCUCCAAACACUGCCAAAGAUUAUCAGAACGCCCACGCCGACGACAACAAAACCUGCGACAGCGCCAACACUACCGGUGAUAAUGCCUGCCAUAGCUGUGACACCCUCCAGCAAUCAGCUACCGGAUGCCAUUAGCUCACCACUGCCUAAGCGCAGUAUGGUGGCCCGAGGAUCCGUUCCAGAUGCUCGCCAAUUGAUGUAUGUGGCGGGAGCGCCCAAACAGCGCCACUCGGACGCCUCGUUUUUGCCCUCCGGUUCGGAUUAUUUGCGCAGCGCUGAUAUUUCAGAGUGCAGCACAAAUACAGAUGAGUAUGCGACGUGCACGGACACAUCGAAGCGUACACCAGGUAUUAAGACACCGCCGACUACGACUAGCUCUUCGUCGACUACACAAGUGCCAGUUUCCACCCAGAGUUCUCAGCUGGAGAAGACUAAUGCAGGCAGCUCCUUCGAAAGUGCCAGUUCACUUUAUUCUAUGCGCGAGGAGCUCCUACAACAUGACGAGAAGCCGCCUCCAGCGAAAACCGUACAGCAGCUCAAGUCCCCAAUGGGAUCGGCUGCGGAGCUGACCAGAAAAUCGCCGUCGCAUUCGAUAAGUAGCACUACCUCAUCGGGUAGCUGUCAGAUCUCGGGUCAGGCCAUCAAAUCACCCGGCAAGGAGUGCGAACCGCAAACAGUUAGCAGCGGGACAAGUGGACAAAUGAAGGUUAGUGCAGCGGAGAUGAUGCCGCAGAAGCCCAAGCCCGAAUCCAUAUCGGAGGAUGAGCGCAGCGAGAUUCGGUACUCCUCCUCUGGCUACUAUGAGAGUCCUCACGAGGAGGACGACGAGGACCAGGUGACGCUCAGUUCCAAGGGACGUCGUCAGCGACAGGACGAUGAGCGAAAGCGUCGUAAGACCAGCAUGAAACUCGACAUCGAAAAGGAGAACAUGCGCGCUUUGACCAGUCCCAUUAAGAAGCUUGGCAGCGGCUCUGGGAAGCUGCAAUCGCCGGAGCAGCAUAUCGUUGGCGCAGCUCCCGAUGGCGGAAGUCCAAGCAAGAUGAAACGUUUCCGUCCCAAGAUACGACGACAGUUACGGAAGAGCUCCAGGGAGGAUGUGCUCGCAGCGGCAGCUGCCCGACGCGCCCGUGCCACGCCCACUCUAUAUGGCUUAAGUAGUGCCAGUGGCGAUACCGAGUUGCUGCUGGAUGCCAGCAUGACCAGUACCAUGGGACCGAGAAUUGUACCAACACCGGCAACAGUUGAUCCGAUAGCUACAACGACAACCACCUCGGCCUCAUCCACGGGAACCAUUACGAAGCAGGAGCCAGUUGCACCUCCAAUAAGGAAGCCGCAUAGCUGUGCCACGCCCACAGCACUACUGUCCCCCAAAUUGCAGACAGCUACUGUGCCAGCUACCAAAAGUGCCUCGGAAGCUGGUCAUCUCAAAGCGAAAUCGAUUGAAUCACUGCGUUCAGUUUCGCCCGGCUCAGAUUCGGUGUUCUACAGUGAGGCCGAUGGGAAUGUGCCCAGUGCGGAUCAGGGGCACUGCCUACACUGCGGCAAGGAGGUGGAGGGCAAACAACACAACAACAACACAGUCAGUGAGCUUGCUGGUGAUUCUGUGGAGUCCAUACCCUUUAUCGAGCAGGAGGCGGAUAUUGUGAAACCGCCCUCCGAUUUCGCCGACUCACCGGUGACCACGAAAACCACACAGCGACUCUACAAGAAAAUGGAUAAGCGUUUUCGAUCCGAGGAGCGCUACCAUGGCGAACGUGGCAGGCACUACAAGACCAGGCAGGAGAACAUACGCGCCAAGAGCGAGGAACGUGGCCGAGCUCCUAGUCUACCCAAUACACCCAUACUACGACCCGCCGGAUCCAGUCCCUGUGUACUGCCAGAUAUUAAUACGGAACAGAGUCAGCAUAUCAUCUAUAAGGGACACUAUAAUGCGGGGCGUUAUACGCGCUUGACUGAUGAUGAUUUGUGGACACAAUUGGAUCAUCAAUGCUUUGAUCGGUCUCGCGAGCGUCGUGCUUCCACGGAGUCGGAGAAGGGCUUCCAUGCCAAGUACCAGGUGAUUCUACAUCGGCUGGUUCAGCGUCGUUGCACACUCGAAAUGUAUCAUCGCCAGAAGCACAACAACUUCCGCGUAGACAAAACGGUUGUGGUGAAGAGCGAUUCGGGAGAAUUUGGCUUUCGCAUACACGGCUCCAAGCCGGUGGUUGUGGCUGCAAUUGAACCGGAAACGCCAGCGGAGAGUUCCGGCCUGGAAGUGGGUGACAUCAUCAUAUCGGUAAAUGGCGUCCAGGUGCUGGACAAGCAUCACACGGAGGUGGUCAAGAUUGCGCACGAUGGUUGUGAGAAACUGGAACUGCAGGUGGCCCGCACCAUUGGCGUUCUCAUGCACGAGCAACUGGAACCACCCAGUCAGCCCAUCUUCAGCGGUUAUCUCUGGCGUCAGAGUGGUCAGGCCAAGGGGGCUCCAAACACCAAGAAAUGGGUGCGACGCUGGUUCUCCCUUAGGCCAGACAAUUGUCUGUACUACUACAAAACGGAAGAUGAUUCACAGCCCGUGGGUGCCAUGAUAAUGGCCAAGCAUACGGUGGAAUUGUGUCCCCUCGAUAUAGGUAAGCCCUUUGGCUUCAAAAUAGACUCUGGCGAGGGAAUACCCAUGUAUGUGGCUGCUGACUCCGAUGAACUGGCCAACAGAUGGUUGAACUUGCUGCGCCAAGCGGCCACUCAAGACAAUCAGUGGCUGGACAAAAGUGCGCGCUGUUUAUAUCAGAGCCCCGCCAGCAUUGUGCGGCCCGAUUGCUUUGGGUAUCUGCUCAAAUUGGGCUCAAGGUGGUGCGGUUGGUCGAAACGAUAUUGUGUACUUAAGGAUGCCUGCCUCUAUUUUUAUCAAGAUGCAAAUAGCAAAAGUGCAUUCGGCAUGGCCUGUUUGCACGGUUAUAAAGUGGCCUCAAUGUCUGCAAAUGCGUCCGGCAAGAAGAACUCAUUUGAGAUAAUACCACCAGAAGCGAAAUUGCGUCAUUAUUAUUUUUGUACCGAAAGCGAAAUGGAUAAGAAGCGAUGGAUAUCCGCACUUGAGUACUCCAUAGAUAGGUGGAUCAAAUCCGGGUAACUAAGGUUAAAAACACGCUCGAGAUCGGCGCUGAGUAGCCGACGGAAGCGUCGAAGUUUUAGCUACUACAUGGAUUAGUUUUCUAAACCUUCAACUGAGCUGUUGGAAUUCAUAUUGGGGACAUUAGUACGGGUACUAGGUACUACCAACUACCACUUAAGUAAAAACAAAAAAAAAAAAACCAAACCAACAACCGAACAAUGGAACAACAAACAGAACAAAAAGUAUAUAGUCAAUAGUCCAGAGUUUUUAUAGGCACUAAGACAAGGAAUUUAGAUCAGUCAGUCAGUUAGAAUCGAGUUUGAAACUAUUUUGAAAUGCGAAAACACACAACACACACAUACACAAGCAAGUAGAGAAUGCUGGUGGGUAUUCUUGUUAUAUAUUAUAGCUUAUACAUACUUAUGUUUAUCGAGGUUGUCUUGUUAUACACACACACAUAACUGGCAUAUAUAUAUAUAUAUAUGUAUAGCUUACGAUAUAGUAACUUACAAUCUAUAUAUAUAUAUAGGUACAUACAUGCAGCAGACCAAAAUUAUUGUCUAAAGUGUGUUCGAGUUCAAAACAAAAUUCAUUAGGCUAGUUGGUAUUGAGAUCAUUAUUAGACGGGUAUAUCAUCAGUGAGAAGUAAUUUACAAAAGCAUUGCUAAGAAGAUUGAAAUUAAACUGUUGAGAAACAAUUAGUACUCAUGACCAAUUUCAAAAGCAGCUAAUCCAAAAUAGUGACUAACGAAUGCUAUAAAUCAUCAAAUUAGAACUAGAUUAGAAUAUUUGGGGCGUACCAAUAAUGGUUAAAUAUUUGAAUGCUUAGUUCCACACUAGAUACAAACAAUUAUUGCGCAUAUUUAUAAGUCAAAACGGUUUUCGUCCUUAUUGGAAACAACAGAAAGAACAACACAAGUUUGCAAACAGAACAAAAAAAAAAGUUGAUGGUUUAUUAGUUAGACACAAUUAUUAUGAUAUGUAUAGCUUUUUUUAUAAACAUUUGUAGCUAAGCUUAGUUUUUGAUAGGUUGAGUUUUUUGGGAUUGCCAUCAAGUUUUCGUCGUCUGAGUGGAGACUCAACAAUAAUAUGGAAAAUGCUUUAUGAGUGUACAUUGAAUACUUCACAAUCCAGUAGUUACUUUUGUCAUAUAUGCAAUAUAUGAUGUUUAAAUAUAUGCUGAUUUCCCCUUUUUUGUGGAUCAGUGUGUGCAUAUUGAAUACAAGUUUCUGUUGUUACACACACAUACAUACGUUUUUUAUAUAUACACACACACACAUAUAUAUUUUAUAUAUUUUAAAAAGAGUUUUCCAAUUAAUGGGUGUGCUGGUUCAUUUAGAUAAUACGAGUACUUAUUACUUAUAUAUGAAUGUAUACAUGAAUAGUGUGACAGCCAUUUUUAUGUUAUGUGGAAACUGUGAGCAAAACCAUUAGUGAGCAAAAAAAAGAACAGAUAAAUUAAAAAAAAAAAAACAAAACAGACACACACUUAAUAAGAGCUUUAAUUAUUAAAUAAAAAAUAUAUACCAAG